AUGGAGCCUACCCCGGAUGCCGAGGAGGCGCGCGGCGUGCGCGAGGCCCUGGGCCGCUACGAGGCGGCGCUGGAGGGCGCGGUGCGCGCGCUGCACGAGGACAUGCAGGGGCUGCAGCGCGGCGUGGAGCGGCGCGUGGCCGAGGCGCUGCGCCUGGCCGCGCCCCUGGCGCGCACCGUGGCCGAGCUGCAGCGGGACAACCAGCGGCUGCAGGCGCAGCUCGAGCGCUUGACGCGCCAGGUGGAGGCGCUGGGCUUGGCGACCGGGCUGUCUCCCGCGCCCGGCACUUCCAGCCCCCCGCCCGCGUCCGGGGCUCCGGAUCGCGCACCUCGUCUGGGCACCGCCCGCUUCGCCAGCCACGCCACCUUCUCGCUGUCCGGCCGCAGUCAGAGUGUGGAUCAUGAAGAAAUUGGUGAGCCAGAGGCAAGACGAGCGUCAGAUUCCUGCAUUAUGGAGAAUGGAUACCAGCCAGCCGCAGGCCCAGGCGAGGGACCUCCAGAGUCUGCCCAGACCUCAGCACCAGAGUCCCCCAGGCCUCGUCCAGUGAGCCUCUCCUUACGGCUGCCUCACCAGCCAGUCAUGGCUGUCACCCGUGUCUCUGAGAAGUUCUCUGGGGAGACGUCGGCUGCAGCUCUGUCACCCACCUCUGCUGCCACCCUAGGUUUCAGCCCCAGUCCCAGCGAGGUCACCGCCCUCUGGAUCCCCAGUCCCACUGCAGAGAAGAAUUCCUCUUUCACACGGUCAUUGUCAAGCUCUGGGUAUGGGGCAGUGACAGCUGGCAAGCACAAGGACAGCCCUCCGUUGGUGACACCACCCCAGUCACCCCCCUCCCCGCAGCCACCAGCCAUAACUCAGACCCUUCACUCAGGGGAGCGUCGUCGCGAGCUGGUGAGGUCUCAGACGCUGCCCCGCACCUCAGGAGCGCAGGCCCGGAAGGCACUGUUUGAAAAGUGGGAGCAGGAAACAGCUAGCAAGGGCAAAGGGGAGACCCGAGCCAAGCUGAAGCGGUCACAGAGCUUUGGUGUGGCCAGUGCCAGCAGCAUCAAGCAGAUCCUGCUUGAGUGGUGUCGCAGCAAGACUCUGGGCUACCAGCAUGUGGACCUGCAAAACUUCUCCUCUAGCUGGAGUGACGGGAUGGCCUUCUGCGCCCUGGUGCACUCUUUCUUCCCCGAUGCCUUCGAUUAUAAUUCCCUGAGCCCCACGCAGCGUCAGAAGAACUUUGAGCUGGCCUUUACCAUGGCUGAGAAUCUGGCCAACUGUGAACGCCUCAUUGAAGUGGAGGACAUGAUGGUGAUGGGCCGCAAGCCAGACCCUAUGUGUGUCUUCACCUACGUCCAGUCACUGUACAAUCACCUGCGUCGCUUCGAGUGAAAGCCCAGGAGACUGUGAGGCCGCCAUACCCCCUCCCCCCCUGCCAGGAUGGCCCUCCCCCAGGAAGAAGAGCUGCUGAGGGUCUGAGCUCACUGUGGAUCCCAGGAGCCCCUCACACCAGCUGUGUUACUGAUUAAAAGCCCCACUGAUCUGAGUCGACAGUGCUGUCACAGCCAAGGGCUUGCAGGAAAAGGCAAAACUCCCAAAGAGAGACAACGGUGCUAAAUAAUGAUCUUAAGGAAAAAUGAUGUUUGCCUGUGUCGAUUCAGGAAAGCUAAGUUACUGUUUCCCUCUGGUGAUUUGAUACUUUGGCUUGACAGGGUUCCAUUGAUUACCAAGUAUUGUUGUUGUUGUUUUUAAUCAAAAUGCCCUGCGCAUUCUACGUCGUCACAUUAUUGUAGGCAGGUCCCUCUCCUCCUUCCCUCUGGGUCACAGCCAGGAAACAGACUGCUUCAUCAGCAGAGGUGACAAGAAGAGCCAAGGCUGGGGAAGAAACAGUUGAAUCACACCCAGGUCCUGGGCAGUGGAUGACCUUCAAGACACCUCUAUUCUGGGGGGACAUUGGGGAGGCUCUUGCCUAGGUCCUAAAGGGCUCCUGUCCUUCCCAGCGGUCCCACGAGCAUUUAGAUACACACAGGCUCUCUGGAAGUUAACACUCUCUAGAACUGAACCAUGGAACUGAGACCUACCUACCUUCCUUCCUUCCUUCCU